GAGAUGCCGGUGCAAAUCCCGGAUGACUCUGACUUCUCUUCAUUCAAAGAUCAGUGUCUGAGCACAGACGGAUGGAUCAGCCGCUACAGCAAGGGCGGUGUCACGGUGUGGUGCCGGGAGGAGGAGAGCAAGGCCGUCCAGAAGCUCAAGAUGAGGAUCGUGUGUAAAGACGUGACUGCAGAGACGCUGUACGACGUCCUCCAUGACACCAGCUACCGCAGGAAGUGGGACACCAACAUGAUCGACACGUACGACAUCGGCCGACUGACCGUCAACGCAGACGUGGGAUAUUACUCCUGGAAAUGUCCGACUCCUCUGAAGAACAGAGACUUUGUCACGAUGAGAUCUUGGCUUCCUCUCGGCAGCGACUACUUGAUCAUCAACUACUCCGUCAAACACCCGCAACAUCCUCCAAAGAAGGACUAUGUCCGAGCCGUGUCGCUGCUGACCGGAUACCUGAUCCAGUCCAACGGCGCCACCAGCUCCACCCUCUACUACCUGACCCAGAUGGAUCCCAGAGGUUCUUUACCGAAGUGGGUGGUGAACAGAGUCUCUCAGUUCGUGGCCCCCAAGGCCAUGAGGAAGAUCUACAAGGCGUCUGUGAAGUAUCCCGAGUGGAAGAGGAAGCACAACCCGCAGCUGAAGCCCUGGAUGUUCCCGGAGCAGAACACGCUGCCGUGCGUCCGCGUGUCGGAGCUCACGCUGCAGCGAGCCGACUCCCUGGAGAACAUCGACGAGAGCGGCGUGAGCGAAGGGAAGACGCACAGCGAGGACGAGGAGACCUGA